CUAUAUAACCAUUGCCGUGAACAAAUGGUUUCCCAGCAACUAAUAAACCCAACGGUGACACAGGACUUAACGAACCCAACAGUUACACAGAACUCAACGAACCCAACAGUUACACAGAACUUAACGAACCCAACAGUGACACAGAACUUAACGAACCCAACAGUGACACAGAACUUAACGACGAAUAAUGAGGUCGUGCAUAACUGGAAUAAAACAGUUUUGGAAAUAGAUCCAAAUGGUUUGGAGAAUCCAGUUUCUUCUUUUAUACGGCAAUGGCAAGUUCAUAACCCUUUCACCUAUGUAAAAAGAAAUAAUUGCAACCCAAACGAUUAUUGUGUUUUGUACGGAAGUGUGUCACAUAAAAUGGAAUUAUGUGAGGAAAAUAUUAUAUCAUCACAAAUUUAGAGAUCACAUGACUUAUUUGUUUCUUUUUAUUAUUUUA